AAAAAUUUAAAUUUCAAAAUAAUAGACAAGACUAUGGAAAAGGACCUCCAGAUGUUCCAAAGACAUUAUGAACCGAACAAAGAAAAUGAAUCGCCAGAAGUACACAGGAUUAGUCAGCACCCUUUUUACAAUGUUGAAGGCAGCAAUCAUGCAGAAGAGGAUCAGAAAAGUCAUUAUUACACAAAGAAGGAGGAAUAUAAUGCUAGGUAUUAUCGCCAUAAAGAGAAGGAGAAUGGUUAUAAGCCUCCACCUAGUGAACAUGAGAGUAGCUUAUAUUGCUCAUACGACCCCAAAAUCAAACAUAAAUAUCAGCAUGAUUAUAGUUAUUCAGAGAAAUAUGAUAAAUUAGGCUCAACCACUAAGGAAGUUAAUUCUCAUCCUUAUCAUAAGAGCUAUGAGGAAAGCAAAAGAAACUUUGUUAGCUCUAAAACUACAGCCAAAUUCCCCGAUGCGUUUGAGUCCUCACUCGAUUCCAUCAAACUUCAGAAUAUUGAAUAUCAGAACAAGGACUUAAAGAUGGAGAGAGGUUACGAAAGAAGGUCUAGACCAGAAGAAGUUGAUGACAUGAAGUCUUACAAUAUUCCUCCAGCCGAGGAAGGAUCUCCUGAGACAACAAGGUAUAGACCUUCUCAGUCCUCUCCUCAAUCUUCUAAAGAUGAAGGCUAUCCUCAAUACGACCUCAGUGAGAUAGAGCUCCCUGCUUACUGUAAUGAUCACCCAGAUAGCAAAUUAUUGUACCUAACUCAGGACGGAGAUGAUGAAAUUCUUUGCUGAGUUUAUUGUGCCCUCGAACAAAAACAAAAGUACCCAAACUGCAAUGUAAUUGAGAUAAGCGAUUACCUACAAGACUUGAUCAAGAAGACUAAGGAAGUAUGUGCUAAGCCUUCUGGGUCCUCUCAUGAGACUAAUUCCGUCUGCUCUCAGAUAAUUUCUGAAAAUGAUAAAGAAAUUUCAAGGAUAAAGGAGUACUACAGCAAGGUUAUGGAAGCCCUUGCUUUAGAAAGAGAUGAAAAGAUCAAAGAGAUUGGCAAGGUAACAAACAAGAAUAUAUCCAAAGCUAACUCUACUGACUCCCCUAGUCUUAAUGAGAAGGUUAAAAACUUUGAAAAUGAGCUUCUGAAGGUCAUUUCGGGGGUGAAGGAAACCGGAAUUCAUAUUAAAGAGCUCCAAAAGAUCAGAUAUGACUACGAUGAGGUCUUAUCAGAUACUGAGCAGGAGUCUACCAUGCCUGAAUCAGAUCAAAUUAUAGAAAAGUAUGAAUUCGUAAUGCUCAGCUCGGAAGCACUUCAAGAGUUGGCCAAUAAAUUGGGGCAUUUUAGAAUUAGAGAAGUAAAACUUUCGGAUUACGACAAGCUUUACAAAAAUCCUCAAUAUUACAGCAAUACGAGGAAUAAUGAGAUCAUCCAGAGAGAUGAAGUACCUACUUUUGGAAUGAGCAAUGAAAUCACUGGUUUAGCUAAAGAAAGAAAAAGAGUCGUGACAAGUGGUGUUAUUCCCAGAAAAGAUUACGACCGUGAUGACUCCAACCCACUCAAGGUGAUUGAGUCCAGCACAAACUUAAUGAGGAACUCCAAUUUCCAGAAAAACGCCCAAAGAAAUAUUCAUAAGGAAAAUUUUGGAAAUAUUGAUCCAAUUCCUCCUUCAGCAGUGAGCUAUUUCCAGAAUAGUUCUCAAAACUUUGACAAAUAUAAUCAGAGCAAGAAUGAGGAAAAGAGAAGCAAGUCAAUAGAGGGAACUUCUUUUAGAGAAAGAGACAGCGGUAUAGAAUCAGGAAUGUAUAAGUACAAUGAUGAGAAUGCAAUCCCUCCUCCUACCUAUAAAGACUUGUAUUCCACUGGGGCAGGCAGUCCAGUGAAUAUACUUUAUAACGGAGGAUCCUUCAGAAAUACCGAUGUGAGAGAAUACAUCCCAAACCCAAAGACAUUGAAAGAAAACCUUCCUAAACCCAAGAGCGAAUCUAGAAAAUCAAAGCACAAGACUUAUAAAAUAAAACGAUUCUAG